UUCUCCCAAUUUUUUUUUUUUAAAAACUGAUUUUGUUAACUCCAAACAAGUAGAUAUAAAACCCUGAAACCUCGUUCAAGGGUUUAUCACAGCCAUCAACACCGCUUCUGCGCAGCAGCGACGAGAAGACGACGACAACCAUGGGCGGUUCUCGGGUUCAAGUAAACAAGCAACACAAGACUCGGUUCGCUUCAAAGGCUUCUCGCAAUGCUCACAAGAUUCCAUCCAUAGAUAGAGGAAGUUCAAUCAGGACGGAACGAAAUACCAUCAAGGGGGCUCGGUCUGCUCGUCUCCAGCGUAACAAGAUGCUGAGGGAGCAAAAGAAGGCAGCCUUUUUGAAGGAGAAAAGAGAAGGAUCAAAAGCUCCUCCCCGUAUCAUGGUCCUUUUUGGUCUUUCUGCAUCUGUAGACCUUUGUUCACUUGAACAAGAUAUUCUAACAUUAUUAUCACCUGAUGGCCCUUCUUCUGCCUUUCCAGCAGUUGCAUCAUCAGAGUUUAAGCUAAGAGCAACAGUCUUGAUAGCACCUCAUGGUGAUCUGUUGGCAUGUAUGGAGAUGGCCAAGGUUGCUGAUUUGAUUGCUUUCGUAGCAUCUGCAAGUGUUUCCAGUGAAGAAGACUGUCCUUAUGUUGAUUCAUUUGGAUUCCAUUGCCUCUCUAUCUUUAGAGCACUUGGUCUUCCAAGCACUGCAGUACUCAUUCGUGAUUUGCCCAUUGAAUUAAAAAGAAAACAGGACUUGAAGAAGGCAUGCAUUUCUAGCCUUUCUUCUGAAUUUCCUGAGAGUUGUAAAUUUUAUCCAGCAGAUACAAGAGAUGACUUGCAUAAGUUCAUGUGGCUCUUUAAAGAGCAAAGACUAACAUCCCCGCAUUGGCGUAACCAGCGACCUUAUGUCAUGGCUCAAAAGGUUGAAUUUGUAGCUGAUGGUUCAACUUUUGGAAAGUGUACACUCUUACUUACAGGUUAUGUCCGUGCUCGCGGGCUCUCUGUCAAUCAGCUGGUUCACGUUUCAGGUGUUGGAGAUUUUCAGUGCUCCAAGAUUGAACUUCUUAAGGAUCCGUGUUGCCUGAAUGCAAGAAAAAGAAAUGACGUGAUGGAGUCUGAUGACAUAGAUGAUGCACAAGUGGUCUGUUGCCUUACCCCUGACCCUCUAAAGCAAGAUCCUUUACUUGUUGAAAAUGUACCCGAUCCAUUGGCCGGAGAGCAGACAUGGCCCACUGAAGCAGAAAUGGUUGAAGCUGAAAAAGACCACAAGGAAAAGAAGAAGAAACAUAAGACUCUUCCUCAUGGAACUUCUGACUACCAGGCUGCUUGGAUUGUCGAUGGAUCUGAUGGUGAAUAUUCAGAAUCUGAAGGAGGAGAUGGUAUGGUAGUAGAUAACGGUGAAGAUGUCUCCCCCCACCAAUGGCAUAAGGAUAACUUUGCUGUUGAUGAGGAUCAAACUUCUAUUUCACUGAACUCAGAUGAAGAAACUGAUACGGAGUCUGUUUUGAUGGAAAAUGAUAAGAUGACGAGAGAGCAAAUUGAGGAUGAGAUCAGGAAAAUUAAAGCUGCUCAUGCAGAAGACGAAGAGUUUCCUGAUGAAGUAGAUGCUCCACUAGAUGUUCCUGCUAGGAAGCGGUUUGCCAAGUACAGAGGCCUAAAAUCUUUCAGAACUUCUUCCUGGGAUCCCAAAGAAUCGCUACCCCCUGAGUAUGCUAGAAUUUUUGCAUUUGACAAUUUCAGUAAGACACAAAAGCAUGUGCUGGCUAAGGCUCAAGAUAUGGAACAAAACAAUGUCACAGAAUGCAUAGCAGCAGGGUCAUAUGCAAGACUACAUAUUAGUGGCGUGUCUCUUCAUGCUGCAAAUAAGUUAUGUAUGCUUGUGAAGACUAUGCCUGUAGUCUCAUGUGGUCUCUUGCAACACGAGUCCAAGAUUUCCGUCCUUCACUUCAGUGUAAAAAAGCACGAGUCAUACACCACUCCUAUAAAAUCAAAAGAAGAACUAUUGUUUCAUGUUGGGUUUCGCCAGUUUGUGGCAAGGCCAAUAUUUUCUUCCAAUAAUAUCAAUUCCGACAAGCACAAAAUGGAGAGGUUUCUGCAUGCUGGGCGCUUUUCAAUUGCAUCCAUCUAUGCUCCAAUUUCAUUUCCUCCACUACCAUUAGUUGCCCUGAAAAUCAACGGAGAAGAAACUUCACCAGCUGUUGCUGCUAUUGGUUCAUUAAGAUGUAUCGACCCAGAUAGGAUUAUUCUAAAGAAGAUUAUAUUAACCGGUUACCCUCUAAGAGUGUCGAAAAUGAAAGCUUCUGUAAGAUACAUGUUCCACACACCAGAGGAUGUGAGAUGGUUCAAGCCUGUUGAGGUUUGGACAAAGUGUGGUCGACGUGGUCGUGUUAAGGAACCUCUUGGCACCCAUGGGGCGAUGAAAUGCGUCUUCAAUGGAGUUCUCCAGCAGCACGACACUGUAUGCAUGAGUUUGUUCAAACGUGCCUACCCGAGCUGGCCUAAGAUAUACUACCCUGCUUAAGCAUUACUGGAGCAGGUUCUGGCAUUGGUGGGUUACCCAGUUAGUCUGUCCACACUGAAGUGUUGGCAUUGUUUGAUUGUUCCUGUCAGUGGCAAUGAGGCACUAGUUCAGCAUGUGAGCCAAAUGCCCUGUUUUUUCCUUUCUAGGUUAUGGUAAACACCAAAGUUAAUGUCUCUGUUUCUACCAUAUGGGCUUGUGUUUCUAGUUUGUCUUUCUUGGGUUUUAAUUUUGUAGUUCGUCAUUAGCUUGUACUCAGGCUCCCCAUUGAUAUAAUGAUAGGUAUUAUCUGAAUCCCAUUGAUAACUUAUUCAGAUGAUGUAAACACUAAAGAGCAAUGGAAAUUGAUAUGUUGUGUUCUUGUAGA